GCUCACUUUAUUCUCCUUGGCGUGCAGGAGGGACAUCAUCAUACGCAGAAAUACAUAGUCAGUACGAGACGAUCUGGAUCUGCUAUGCUGCGGGAGGUCGCGCUUGGUGUUUUCUGUGUAUUGGAUUUGACGAUGCACUUCGAAAAAAGAAGAAAGAGAUUGAUAGAGCAAAUACGAGUUGAAGGGAGCGGAAUACGAGAAAAAACUCUUGGUAUUGAAUCGUGCAUCGUCAAAUUUGCUCGGGGUUUUUUCUAAGUUGUAAACUGUACUUGAUGCGCUGUUUUUCUUUCAGCUGUACAGUUUUAGUGCAGUCUUAAUCUUUUGGUUUUGCUCUCCCACUGCAUUUAGUUAGUUUUAGAGAGCUAAGAAAAAUGUAAAAAUGCCCUUGCAAAAGCUCGAAUAGUAGUUUUCUUAUCCUUUUUCUCAUCUUCGUCGUCAUCGUAUGUCACAUCUGCAGCACUUCUAUCCUCUUCAUCAUCAGCCGCAAUUUCAGCAAAAUCAAGCGCAGCAGUAGAUACGUCGGUAAGUUUACAUUGCUUAAGGAAUAAACUUUAGCGCGACCUCGUCGAAGAGAAUAGAUACAUUCAUCAUUGUACGGACCACCGGAAAACAUAAGCAAAACGAAAAACAGCCGCGAAGAUGUCGAACUUCAGACCGACAGAUGCGACCCCGCAUGCUCCUUCUGUCGUAAAUGCCGCGGCGGCGCCAGCCACCUUCGCACUGACGGAGGUCCUGAGCGUAGUGACAGGUGAUGAUGCUCUACCUCUUGAACAGCGCAGAUGGGACGCUGCAACAACCACGAAGAAGCAAGUAAAGCAGGCCGCUGCAAAGGCUUGGCUGUCCUCCGAACGCAAUACGGAAAAGAAGCGCAGUUGUUUUUGGGGACGCGUUUCGCUGUUUCCUGAAGGGGCGGACAUGAGUGAACAGUGCGUCAUCAACGUAGUGCACGACGAGGAGACAAACUUCGCUGAGUGGUUGCAGGGCUUGCAGGGGACAGGGAGAGGCGACUCCGCCGACGAAGAAGAAGAUCAAGAAGCCGCAUCGCAAUGCGGCGGAGAAGUGAAAGUAAAGAACCUCCGCUAUUACGUCCGCUACAACAAGACGUUCGAGAGCCGCGAAGAACUCGAUGCGGCGCUGCUUCCCUAUUUGGACCCGGCAGGAACCGCUGCGGAGCAAGAUGCGAAAAUCGAGGCGGUCGAAAAUGUCUACGGACCCCUAAUUGUGUGGGACGUAAGCGGUGUGGAUGAUUUGUCCGGCGUGUUUUAUCGGCAACGUGAGUUCAACCGUGACAUCCGCGGCUGGGACGUUUCUGGCGCCGAGGACAUGGAGGGAAUGUUCGACGGUGCGGCGCAGUUCAAUCUAUCCAGUGCAAAUAUAUCCGGGUUUGGAAGGAUGCAGCUUGUCAUGCGAAAUCUAGAUCAUGCAAAAAUCUGUGUUGUGUGAUUUCCAAAAGCUGUCCACUUUUGACCAAGUUGAGGGGGAGUUUCUCAUGCAGGAUAGGCAUGAUACAGGUCUCGCAGAACCUGUCAUGCUAGCUCCUGCCAUCCAGACGUCACGGAUCAUGUUAAACCGGCAUGACAAGUCUCGUAAUCUUCCAGACCCAGACAUAUUUGCAGGGCAUACAAUCAGCCGCUAGACGACUGGGAUACUAGCAGUGUGCGCCGCAUGACUCAGAUGUUUAACGGUGCGGCCCAGUUCAACGGGACACUGGAAAAGUGGGACGUUAGCAAAGUGGACAUCAUGAACAGCAUGUUUUACGGCGCAACUAGUUUCAACCAGCCCUUGGCGGGCUGGGACGUUAGUAACGUGCGUGAUAUGAUUCACAUGUUCUGCGAUGCGACAUCCUUUAACCAGCCGCUUGCGGGUUGGAACGUCAGCCGUGUCCGCGAAAUGAACUGCAUGUUCUUGAACGCGAGUAGCUUCAACCAAUCCCUGGCGAGCUGGGACGUUGGUAAUGUGUCCAGUAUGCGAGCAAUGUUCGAAAACGCGGCAACGUUCGACCAGCCACUGGCGGAUUGGAACAUUAGUAACGUCGUCGACAUGGGUUUCAUGUUCAAGAAAGCAGUCGCGUUCAACCAGCCCCUGGGGCGUUGGGACGUUCGGAAGGUAAUGAACAUGUGCAGGAUGUUCAUGGACGCGAAAAGCUUCAGUCACUCCUUGGGCAACUGGCGAGUCAAUGCGAGGACGUUCCGGAGAAGAAUGUUCCUCCGAGCCGAGUCCUACAAAUACGGACUGCCGCAGAGGGAUAGGAGUAUCCCCGGGGAUCCAACGUUCAAGUUUUUUUUCCCAUGUGACUUCGAGACAUUCACAGACGAAGUCGAUGACGAGGACAGCGGCGAGGACAGCAACGAGGACAGCGACGAGGACAGCGACGAGAACAGCGACGAGGACAGCAACGAGGACAGCGACGAGGACAGCGACGAGGACAGCGACGCGGAAUAGGAGGAAAGCCGAUGCUAGUCCUCAGGUAUCUAUGUUAGUGCUUGAUUAAACUACUCGGCCAUGGAGGCAGCUGUGCUUCCUGGGUCGAAGCCAUAAACGACCAAGGAAUGGAGUCGCUAGUUUCCCACUUCAAAUUUUCAGUUGAUACUGUGACCGUACUAGUCUAGCAGCAUGGUCAUGGUCGCAGCUCUUGCUCUUUUUUGCUAGUAUUCAAAUUCAAUGUAGUAAAACAGGUGUGGGCCGCCCGCCACCUUUAUCCUUGUGCCUGUGAGAACACUGUUUGAGACGGUUCGUGGGAAUUCAAACACCUCAGUGUCUAUGCACACCGACACCGAGUCAGGAGCCGGCAAUUUCUCUUACGGGAACACUAUCGAGCAGAACGGUGUCGCUGCCUGAUUCCAGGUUCUUUAUUUCGGUAUCCGAACGCGGGACAUACGACGUGAGCUCCGCACGAAGUAACGAAUACGAAAGCAAUGCCACUGCAGAUUGUUUUAGGGACUGCAGGAGCGACUUAAGGUUUGUGCAACUCGCUAGCGAGCUUGAAUUUGAAAACGCAUCGAGGAGAUGAAGAGUACAUGCGCAAACAACACGCAUUCCGUCAUCGUUUCCAUUCCUGAUCGUUCCCAAAUGCUCAUCCGCCUCUGGAUUUGAUUCGAAGCCUACAGAUUCAGAUCGGUGGUCGAACGCGCUGCCAUGAGUUGACAGACAUUUUGGCUGAUCAGACUCUUUUCGUCCAGGUGUUCUCUGUUGAUUGUCGGUGCAGAAGAUUUGUUUGUUAGGGUUGUAUAUUCAGUUGUCAUAAGCUUCAGGUCGC